UGAUAAUAGCAAAUAAUUACCUGUAGUGUCCAAUUUUGAUAAGGUUUAUCUGUCUUUUACGAUUACCAAUGAAUAAUUAUGACACUUGUUUUUUUAUUCUUUAUUUUCAUACAGUGGGACAUGGAUUAUUAUCAUCGUAAUUUUUAGUGAUUCAGUUAACAAAGAGUGUGAAUAGGUAUUGAAUAACAUUGUACAAGCUAUUUGUUCUCAACAAAUGCUGAAAUUUUAAACUCUCACAGCAAACUUAUAUAAAGUAAUGAUAUAUUUUAACAAAAUACUAUUGUAAAUCAUUGGACAUGGCCAAGACUGUUCAUUUUUUGUAUAUUUACUUGUUUUAUCUAAACGCACGAUCAUCAUUGGCGUCAAAUGUGUCCGUAUCCAUAGAUGUAUUGCCCGACGGAUGUCAAAAUCUCCUGCAAUCAUUUGCCAACGAGACAGCCAGGUUCACGCUGUGUGUAGUAACUAAUGCUCGGCCAAUCACUGUGUGUGAAAAAUGCGUGAACGAGUUCAAUCAAGUAUUCAAGAGAUAUGAAGAAAUUCAAAAGUUACACAACAAUGAUAGUGAGGUGGACUGUCGUGCAGUUUUGACUAAUAUUGAUCGCUUACAAGUUGUAUACGCAAGUUAUAACUAUGUGUUGGACAUGUGGGAAAAGGCUUCUUGCAAAUUAUGUUUAAAUGGUACUGUUUUCAAUGAAAAGACGAGAGGAGUGAUGAUACGAGGUGAUAGUUUAGAUAAGUGUAUAUCAAAACACAUAAAUAACACAGAACAUUCAAACACAUCACUUUGUGCAGAUUGCAAACAAUACUACAUGAAUUUAACCGAUUACUAUAAUAAGCAUAAAAAUGAGAACACAUUUUGUAUGGAUGUCGUUGAUUUGGUUAAUAACACACAAAGUGAUUGGAGUUUAAAAUGGAAAUGUCAUGUAUCCAACUAUGAUUCUGAAUGGGUUCUACUCGUCAUUUCAUUUAUUGUACUUUUACUGCCUAUCUUAUUUUAUUUUAUAAAUUGGUUAGUAUCCCAGGAAAGAUCCAAUAUAUUAUUAUCACAAAACCGUUGGCAUCAAAGAUUUACUAAUAAUGCAGCAUCAACUUCCGGUUACGUUGUCAUAUCCUAAGUUAGUGUUUCUGUUGAUUGGACUAUCAGUACUUCAGAAAUGUUUAUUGCAUUCAUUUUACUGUGACUCAAGUAUGAUAUAAGCUGGUAAGAAAAUAUGUUUAUUGGUGUAACAUCAAUUGUUAAGUUAGUUAAUCAUAUUUAGUGUCGACUGUGAUAUUUGUAAAUUAUGAGACAUAAAAAAUAAAAAUAUUAUAUGUUCAACCUAAAGUAUCUGAAAACAAAUUGUAACUUAAUCAUUAUUAUUAUUAUUGUUUUAUUUUUAUAGAAUUAUACUGUGUUAUAUUUUAUUUUUUUGUAACUCGUCAUUCUAAAUGCCCAAAUACUCAUACACACAUUGUGUCGAAGGUUCUGUAUUCUUUUAAUGCUAAACUGAUGUAGUGGACGGUCGUUUCUACUCAACUUAUCAUUGAAAAAUGGUGCGAAAUAGUGAUUGGAUGCAGUUAUCAAUGUGUUCGUCUAUUAUUAUUUUUCUAUGUAUAUAUAAACAUGUAUGAAUAAAUGCAAAUUGUUGGUCUACA